AUGGCUCAGACUCGUUCCAAGUCCGCUUCCCCGAAGAAGAAAGCGAGCACCCCUCGCAGUCCGGUGGCCCUCGGGCAGGUGAAGCCAAAGCCCUCCAGGAAGCCUAGGCAAUGUCAGAGGUGUCCCGGUCGCCCUCUGCUGUCCACUUGCGAGCAUCGAUAUCGCAAACGCUCGGUCCCAGCAGCCUCAGACAACACCUUGCCUGUGGUCCACCCUACUAACCAAGGGCCUCUAUCGACUGCCUCCCAGCCUCAGGACCCGUUCAUGCAAGUUAUCGACCCCGUACUUCUCCGAGAAGAUCAGGAAGUCCGUGCCCAAGCGUCUGGCGGGGUCAUUUCGGGUGCGAAGAUGUUGCCUGCAAGUGCUACUAAUGCCCUCGCGUCUUCAAGCCCUACAGCUCCUCCUAGUCCUCGUGCUCCGUCAACCACCCCUCCAGGCUCCCCCAGUGGCAUGUCCCCACUUACACCCCGCCGUUUUUCAACACCUCCACGAGUUGUGAAACGCACACAGCCCUCUGGAGUUAACCCCAAGUGGGGCAAGGUCCAGGGUGCUGGUCGCGGAAACGAUGUGUGGGAGGUCCACCGCGUUCGUGAGCUCAAGCCUCCCAUCAAGGACCAGGCCUUGGCCACUCGAAAGCUUGAACGAUGGACCGUCGACCUCAUUUCUCGCGCCGAGGCCGUUUCGACGCGCACUGGCUGUUGGCUUUACCUGGCCAUACAGCAUCCGUCGUCCAAGACUCCCUUCACCCACUUCACUUCUCGGAAGCUUCGCAAUGACGCCGCGAGCGAUGUCGAGCUCAUUCACAAGCAGGUCCGUCAUACAAUGAACUCCCUCACCCGUGGCCACAAGCGAAGCAUGUUCGAGGCUGAGAAGGAGCUGGAGGUGGCGAAUGCCAAGGCCAGCAGUGCCACCAAGCGGGCAGAGCGUGCGGAGGAGGAGCUUCUUCGCCUCAAACGUAUCUUGGUCGCUCAGGGUAUCCGCGUCGACGAGUAG